AUGCCGCCAUAUAUGUCAUUUCUUCCGCGACUUGCUCGCCGUACUGCCUCACACAUCCAACGAUGCUCUAUAAGCACGAAUCAACUCCCUACUCCAACCAAGCCCGCCUUCACACCAACCUGGCCCUCUCUCAUCUCCGCGUCUGCUGCCAUCUUCGCCUCAGGCUGCACCCGCAGGAUACUUCUACAACCUCCCCACCUAGACUCCACCGACACACAAAUCCAACAGCUGCUUGCAAGCGAAAAGACCAAAGACGCGUUAAUCGAGGAGCAAGAGCGCCUAAUCAGCCGCAGAGAGUUGACCGCGCAGAACUACCUAGAAUUGGUGGCGGCGCAGCAUGAAACCAUCACGACGCUGAUAGAAGAAAGAGAGGAGGAUGAUGAGCAGAGGUUGUUGAGAUUGCUGAAGAAGAUAGCCGAGGAGAAGGCGAUAUCAAAUCGAGAUAGGGAUGCUGAUUAUGAUGAGGAUGAUGACGAAGAUGACAGCUGA